AUGGUAUAUAAGUGGUCAAGCACAGGCUGCAACUAGACACUCCCACCCCCCCUAAAAGUAGUAUCCACACCACCCACCCCCUCUUUUUAAUGGUACCCCCACCCCCAACCCCCCUUUUAAUGGUACCCCAUCCCCCUUUUAAUGGUACUCCCAGCCCCCUUAAUAUAGUAUAGAUAUAUGACAAAUACUAAUUUAGAGCAGGCAUAAUAAAUAAAUUAUUAUUUUUAAAUAUUCAAAAUUACAGAUUUCCACAUAGCGUAGCACAAUAGGUGGAAUGGAGUGAGAAUUUUCUAUAACUACUAAGACACCACAUCUGAAAAAAUUUAUUAACAAGCAUAAUAAUGAUCUUUGGCUUUAAUUAGCAGUAUAUCCUGCAUAUAUUUAUGAACUUUGUGAAAAAAUGGCUAAAGAGUCGAAUUAGAGAUCCAAAAGUAAAACUGAUAAUAGCAAAUACUAUUUUUAUUAGCACUAUUGAAUCCUGUUACCAAUUCAGUCCUGCAAUCCUUGUAAAAUGUCAUCAGAUUAGCUUUAAUUUAUGAAUCAAUAAAUUUAAUGCAAGCUAUUGUAUUGUGAUUGGCUAAUUUAAUAAUUAAUGCCAUUUAUCUAUAUUUUUGGCAUUAUAUUUAUAAAUAUAAAAACAAAUUUAAUAUAUUUUCUAAUUAAAUGUUAACUAAUUUAAAUUUAUUAAUUAAUCAUAAAUAUAAAGUAAUUUAUGGACUUAAUUUAUCAAUAUAGUGUUUUAAUUGGAUUAUAUUUAAAUUAUUCUGCUUGUUUCCUAUCAAUUACUUCUAUAGGAUAAACCAUUUAUUUUUGGAGAGGGGGGUGGGGGUGCUAUCUGUGAAAGGGGAGGUGUCUGGUUGCCACCUAUACUUAACCAUAUAAGCCGACUAUACAAGGGCAAUAUUCAAGGUUCGUUUCUUAUAAUCUUCCUCUGCUGAAAUCUCAUGUUGACGCAGAAAGGAUCAUCAAUUCAAAAGCCAGAACUCGCUCAAAAGGUUUAUUGAUUGAUGUAUGGAGAGAAAUUCCAGCAGACCAAAAGCCAGACUUUCCGAAAUAUAUCUCGCCAGAAUUCGAAGAAGACUUGCAAACUAAAGGAGAAAUUGGGAAAAUAAGGUUAAAACUAUAUAAGGCCAAUUUUCUGAAGUUAAAUUCCCCAAAAGGUUUUUUUCAUUCAAAUACGUUAACAGGACGGGCUACGUCCAGAGUUGGAACGCCUUCACUGACCCCGAGUACAUCUAGGAAAAAUUUAAUACAGUUUAAGAUAAAUACCCCAGUUCCAGCAUCACCUUGUGCUGAAACCCCUAAGCCAAAAAAAAUUCGGACUGAAGUACAGUCUCCGUCUGAUUCCAUGAUUAAGAUCAAAAUGAAGUCAUCCUCACCAGACAUAGCCCGUGUUAAAGAAAAAUGCAGAUUUUUAAAACGAAAAGAAAAUUCUCCUGGUGACAAUGCUUUGAAAUAUACGUUAAAAUAUUUCGAGAGCGAUGAAGGAAAGCAGACUCUAAAGCCAGAAUCCCAUAAAUAUUUUGGGAUCAUUUCUGAAAUUCCUUACAAGCUCUAUUUAGGGCUUCCAGAAAGGCAAGGGUCACUUUAUAUCACUGAUAUAAAGGGUGCAAAUGACCUCAGCCAAAUAAAGCCGUUAAAUAUAUAUGCUGUGCUUACUCUAGGUGUUUCAAAUACUCCUUAUAAUUAUACAUUUAUUAAAGGAGGAUAUAUGACAAUUGAUUUAGAAGACGAUGAAGCCUCUGAGCUUCCGAAUAUACUGAUAAAGGUUACGAAAUUUUUAGACCAUUAUUUGCAGAAAGGAAAUGUUUUAGUCCACGACUAUUAUGGAGUUAACAGGUCUUGCGCAGUUGUUGUGCUGUAUUUGAUGAAAAAGUAUUCUAUGAAGAUGCAUAUGGCAAUAAAGGCUGUAACAGAAGGAAGACCAUGCUCCGAUAUUAAACCUGAAUUUAAAUCUUUAAUAGAAAGAUUUCAAAAUAGAGGGCAGAUGUAA